CGUUGUCGGUAGAGGACACAUUAACACUGCUGCCCUGACACAUGGAAGGAUUUAUGUUUUUGGUUCUUCUUGCUCUCUUUGGAGGUGCAGCUGCAGCUGCCCUCAAGGAUGAUGACAGGAUUGUUGGAGGGUAUGAAUGUGCCAAAAACUCAGUGCCCUACCAAGUGUCUCUCUUCACUGGGUACAACUUCUGCGGGGGGGUCCUCUUGUCGCCAGAGUGGGUGCUCUCUGCUGCACACUGCAAAACAAAAACCAAUGUAGAAGUGCGGCUGGGGGAGCAUGACAUCUGGGAGCUUGAGGGCACUGAGCAGCACAUCAUGUCCGCGGAGUUCAUUCGCCAUCCUGACUACAACCCUCGCACACAGGACAGCGAUAUUAUGCUGAUCAAGCUGAGUCGUCCGGCCUCUCUGAACAGCUACGUGCGCCCUGCUACACUCCCUUCUAGAUGUGCCACUGAUGGGACCAUGUGCCAUGUCUCUGGUUGGGGGAGUACUCGACCCAGUGAUGAAGGCUCCAGGUACCCUCAUAAGUUGCAGUGCCUGGACGCCCCUCUCUUGAGUGAUGAUGUCUGCUUUAAUGCAUAUCCCUUCCAAAUCACUGACAACAUGAUAUGUGCUGGUUAUCUGGAGGGAGGCAAAGACUCUUGUCAGGGUGACUCCGGGGGUCCUAUGACAUGUGACGGCGUGCUCCAAGGAGUCGUGUCCUGGGGGAAAGGCUGCGCUCUGAGAAACAAACCCGGCGUGUACACAAAAGUGUGCAAUUAUGUCGCAUGGAUCAAGAAAAUAAUGCUUACUGGCUAGAGUAAUGAUGUGAGAACACUGUGAUGUGCCCCUUGUCAUGUGCUCCAUCAGUGUGGCAACACAGCAUGUGGGUGCAAAAAGAAACCAAAAAUAAAUCA